AUGGCCACAGUCGUGGUUCAACAGCCUCCUCAGAUCCGACAGUCGACCCCUCCGCCUCUGGGACCGACAGUUCCUAUAACCCACACUCGAUCCUCGACUCCAGUCCCCAACAAACAUCUGCCUUACUGCCCGCCAGGACCUGUUCCUUCGCAAUCGCAGAUCACUCCGCCAAACUCUCCUCCACUACGAAACGCGGCCCCAAAACCCACCUCACUUCUUUACCCUGCGACAGGCUACCAGAAGCUCUGCAACUCUCCACCGAUCUACGGAAUCUCCGUUGAUCAACUAGCCGCCGCCCUCCACCACUACGCCUCUCAACCUCUGCCGAACCCUGCCUCUGUCUUCCCCUGGCUCCACGGCCUCCACCCCGAGAACCAUAUCCAGCUAGCCUUCUUCGUAGCCAGGAAGAAGUCGCUACGAAGGACUCCCAAAUGCCUGCGCGGCAUUACCAUAAUAAAAGCAGGAGGAGACUUGAGCCGCUCGCGGAUAAAGGGGGCGCUUGCUCCCGACGAAGUCCUCAACCUGUCUGACAGCAAUGGUCGGGGAUUCCUCGAAUGCGAUCCUCGAGAAGGCUUCUCCGUCCGCAACUUCCACAUUCAGGUGGCGAAGAUGGCACUUGUCUCUGACAUUGUCAUAUACGGUGAUGAAGACACAGAUCAUCGCAUCAUCAAGUCGGUGGCCGAGCGGACAGCCUCUGUCCAGAGGAAAUGGCGCAAGGAGCUGGAAAAUGCCGGACAGUGUCCCGAGACGUUUAACACCUUCGUGUUGACACAGUCGUUCGAAGAUUUCGAGCACGAGCAUCCAGAUUUAGUUGCGAUCGACUCUCAAGGACGGUACACUCCCCACACCCUUGACUUUCUGCAACAGGAAAGAAAAGAGAUGUGUGCCAUGUCCAAGGCGUCGGAGAUCUCUCAAGGACUUUUCCAAGGACCUUCGCCUGGACCUUUCACGGAUCCCCCAUCGCUUGCUGACGACCCAUCUUAUGACCUGUACAUUGAAGCCAGUGAUCACGCCUCGCUCCCCGACGAGAAAACUCUCACGGCGAAACGGAAGCAGCUCGAAGAGCGAGAACCAGGCGAAGAACCCGUCCAUCUAGCCUUUCCCAGCUCGGGCAGCAUUCUGCCACCCUCGUGGUCCCAAGUCGAAGUGGAUGGCAUUCUGCGCAUGUGCAAAUGGCUCUACGAGCUCACCCACGCAAAGAAGCCGGCCAGCCAAGCCAAGGAUGAGGACGGCGACAUUCAAAUGACCGAGUUCACGCCCCGACCACGUCGUGUGCUCUUGCAUUGUGCUGACGGGUAUACCGAGACCUCCAUGCUCGCGGUCGCGUACUUCAUGUAUGCUGAGGGCGUGCCCUUGCAUGAAGCAUGGAUUCGCCUACACUGUGAGAAACAAAGAAAUUUCUUCGCAUAUCCCUCAGACGUGGCUUUGUUAAAUGCUAUUCAAGAGCGCAUUUUGCGUGAAGCACCAACCGCCGACGCGUCAAAGAUAGCUUCCCUUGAGCCACCCUCAUGGCUAGCUAAACUGGAUGGUAGUCUUCCUAGCAGGAUUCUACCAUACAUGUACCUUGGCAAUCUGACCCACGCCAAUAAUCCGGAAAUGCUCAAGUUGCUGGGUAUCCGGCGGAUUCUGAGCGUUGGUGAGCCAGUAUCGUGGACAGAAGAACAAGUCAAAGACUGGGGGAGGGAGAAUCUCCUCAUGGUUGAUCGAGUCCAAGAUAACGGGAUUGACGAGUUGACGCUGGAGAUGGAGCGCUGUUUGGAGUUUAUCGGACGAGGCAAAUCCGACGGUACAGCAACUUUGGUGCAUUGCCGCGUCGGUGUCUCCCGGUCCGCAACAAUCUGCAUCGCAGAGGUCAUGUCUUCCAAGGGGCUGAGUUUUCCUCGCGCAUAUUGCUUCGUCCGUGCCCGCCGCCUGAACGUGAUCAUCCAACCACAUCUCCGCUUCGUGUACGAAUUGAUGAAAUUCGACGAGCAGCAGCAGGAGAAGCGUGGAGAACAGAUAUGUAGGGAGUUGGAAUGGGCGACAGUGGCAAGAGAGAUUGCCGCCAUGAACAGGCCGUAUGCACGCUCGUGA